AUUCAUUUGGGGGCUAACUCAGGUUUGCCUGUGUUCCAGGCAAAAAUAUAAAAAAUGGCAAUUUUGUGCAGAAAGAAGCAAUUUUUUUACAGUUUGAUUGUCCUGGAUAGGGUGUUGAAUUUCCUUCAGAUCAUCAUAAGCUGUAGUGUUCUUCACUUGGUUACGCCCCUCACGUACGCUGUAGCCAAUUGCAGCAAACGAAUAUUUGUGAUUGCUGUCCCUUUUUAUUCUUCGUAACCCCGCAACUUCCAUGAAUGUGCUGGGCAUGUUUAUGGCGAUAUUCGGGAUGCUUUACUAUAACAAGGCAAAAGACGCUUAUCCGUGGUUGCUCAAAACGGGACUAAAAGCACGGACGAUUGAGUAAUGGUGAAUUCUACAACUUGCUGCCGAUGUUCAUCCCAACCCCCGGCCUGGAAGUGCUAAAAAUCGUGCCAAAGUUCGCCUCGAUUAAGGCAGAGUUGCAAAAUUUCCAACACUUGAGCCUGAGCGAAUCAAACUGCUUAAACACCGAAGAACUGAUCGCACAAGGCCGGAAAUCUGGUUCUUGGAUUCUUCUGCAGAACUGCCACUAUACGGGCGAGUGGCUGUUUGACCUGGACCAACUGCUGAAGAGCAUGGAUUUUGAAAAUACCUGCGAAAACUUCCGGCUCUUCCUCACCAGUAGUGAUAGUUCAGAGUUUCCUUUGGAGCUGAUCCAGAAUUCCAUCAAAAUCGUUGAAGAGCCGCCGGAUAGUUUAGGAAGAAACUUGCUGCGCAUCUACAACAACCCUCCCUUAAUAGGCUCCUGUUCGCUUUAUGCAACUUUCACACUUUGCUCCAGCAGCGGCGUAAGUUCAGGAACUGGAAUAUGAUUUGGAGGUUUGAGGAGGCAGAUUUUGCGCAUUUAUUGGAGCUUUUGAGGGAGAGUGUUAACGAGCAAAUUUGCCUGUUUGAGAAAGUUUACUUUGUUAUUGGCGAGUGUAUUUACAACGGGCAUUUGGG